UUUUUUUCCCUUCUUUGAUUUCCCCAUCAUUACAGUAAUUUUCAAAUCCAGGCUAUAAGUUAGUUAAAGUUUUACAGUAAGUAAAGAAGUUAAAAAUUUCAUCUAAAGUUAGCUCAUAUAGCCAGUAGCAUAUAGGCUAACGGCUAACCUUAAGGCUAACUGCUAACAUUAGUUUGAAACGGCACCAUUUGACAGCACAACCGGUCUCUAUUUCAGAUUCAGGUUAAACUUUAGAAAAAUUUUUUUAGUUAAAAUUAGGUUUCACUUCAUAAAGGUACUGUAUAUUUUACAUAUAUUUUGCAUUCUUGAUUACUGUGGCAGCCGCACUAAACACCAAUACUGAGUGCGGUUUUCUUUUUAGCACCGUUAACAUACAAACAUUUUAAGUAGUGACAGUACACAUAGCCUUUUGUUUUUCCUACAGCACACACUUUAUUUUUUGACAGUUUGCUAAUUUGUAUGCACACAUUUUAGUUAACAUUCUGUCAUUUCUUGCUUGCUUUAAAUUAUGUUCUAACUUUUUGUUUUUCAUGGAUCCAGCAAAAGAAGUGGCACGAGGAUGUGGAAGUGACAGCAGGCAGUGGGAGAGAUGCGCCCUCUGCAGGCGACUUUACCCCACUGCUCCUCCUCCUCCUCCUAUACUCCGCUCUCUGACUCCACGGCUCCUCAUUCACUAGAAGAUGGCGGACUGCGCUCCACUAUUAGAUGAGGAACUCUCGUCCUUUGUCUUCAAUUACCUGACAGAAAACUCCGGCAGCCAGUAUGGGGAGGAGGAGGUGUGUUCGGACCGUUUGGACACUGACUUCCCGGACAUCGACCUCUCCCAGCUGGACACCAGCGACUUUGACAGCGUCAACUGUCUCAGCGAGCUGCAAUGGUGCAACGAUCAGCCGGCGGAUGCGUCACCGGCUUCCAUCCACUACAGUACAGCAGAUGAGCUCUUUGAGAUAGAAGAGGAGAAUGCGGCUUUGCUCGCCGCUCUUACCGACAGCCUGGACGGCAUGGUGGAUGCCGAGGUGGGCGGGCUCUCCGUCUUCCCCGCCCUGGGGGAGGAGCCCGACCAGGAAGAGGAAGAAGAAGACAAUCUUCCUCUCAGCGCGGAGGACUUCAGCCAGUCACUGGGGGCCGAGACAGAGGACCCAUCUCUACUGAAGAAACUGCUGCUGAGUCCUCCCAAUGUGCCCACAGGCAUCGAUGCACACAAAGAUGGUGUCAACGGGCAUCGCUAUAGCAACAGAAGCUUGCACCUACGGCCAGUCAGACCUCUGGUUAAGAGCGACCUCCCUCAGGAGCGGAAGCCCCGAGCGGUACGUCCGGCCGGCCGCCUGUGCACCGAGCUCCACCGCCACCUCACCACCGCCCAGGAUACAGAGGACGCCGCGGCUCCCGACACGGAGGAGGACGAAGAGGAAGAAGAGGAUGAGGACAGUGAGUCGGAGGAGGACGAGGAGGAAGAAGGCGAGGAAGAGGAGGAGGAGGAGUCUUCCAGCAGCGAGGUGGAGGGAGCGGCCGUCGUGGCCGCUGAGCCGGCUAAGCCUCAGUUCAGCUCAGAGAAAGAACUGCACUCUGUGGUGGAGCUGAUCAAGUACAUGCAUACCUACUGCCUGCCCACGCGCAAGCAGCAGGGCUGGGAGCGCAAAGACCGCGACCUCUCCAGGCCGCGGGCUCGACCCGAGGCCUCCCGCCCGGCCGCCACAAACUCUCACAGCAGAGUCGUCUUGGUGGCCGCUCCCGGGACCAGUGGGGGUUUGGCUGGGACAGGCAACGGCGCCCCCAGGAGGCUCCCUUUUGCUAGGCGGAGGGAGAUGAAGGCCAACUCCCUUCUCCGUGAGCUCCUGCAGCAGAGCAGCUCUUUCGAUGUGAGCAAGCCUUACAGACUGCACAGCCCGCCCUACUCCCACUCCCACAGCCCCAACAGAGGAGGAAUAUCUGUUCCCUCUGCCUCGGCUAAAUCAGCCCCAGCCCACUCCCCCAGCUCCUCCACCCCUAAACCUGAGCUUCGUAAAGACUCUUCCUCCCCCGAGAGGAGAAACUACUCCUCCGAGGCGCCUCAAAGCCCCGAGGAGAUCGCAGAGGACAGCGGCUCCUUCUCAGUUCGGCGCUCCCGGCGCCUGGCUUCCUUCCCAAGCCGAUUCGCCAAGAGGCUGAGGCCUGGACGGGCGAGGGAAGGCGAGGGGAAGGACAAGGAGGAGAGGGAAGAGGGACGAGCGGGGGUCAAACUCUUGCCGACCCAGGCCGGAGGGGGAACCACGACGGAGAAGCAGCCAGAGCAGCUGACGUCGGGCGACUGCAGCGCCGGUACGACGGAGCCGACCAAACCCUGCUGCCACAGCGAAAAGCGAGCCUGCCUCUGUCUGCCUCUGAAUCCCAAGUCCACAGGAGAGUCCCAGUACAGCACCAAGCCUUUUGAGCAGACGCUCAGUGUGGAUCUGUGUGGAACGGCAGGUCUCACCCCUCCCACCACCCCGCCUCACAAACCCGUGGAGGAUGAGCUCUUCAAGCCAGCAGAGGGAGGAAAGGGCGGUGGUGGCGGAGGAGGAGGAGGAGCGGGCGGUGGCGACGGUGGGGGCAGCGGCGAGUCUGUCCACGCAGCUUCGAACGCCAACGUCGCCACCAAGGGCUCCUCUUGGCUGAGCCGCACCCACCACCAGCGGAAGCUUCCGGAGCAGACGGAGCUGUACGCCCAGCUGCGGCGCAUGGGCCAAGCCGGCGACAGCGACACUCACCGCAACUUCGGCGACCACGACUACUGCGUGCUGAGCCUUGGGGAGAGCCGCAAGCGUAGCGCCGCUAUGCUCGGCGCCAUGUUGCAGGCGCAGGGAGGGAGCGACGGCGUUAGCAGCCCGGCGCCGCCCAAAGCGGCCGAUGAUCAGGUAUCGGCGGACGAACACGGCAAGGAGAACGGGGAAAGGCUGGUGUUGUCGGAGGUCGCGGAACCGCAGCAGCAGACAGCGACAAUUGUGAUCUCAUCGUUGCCGCCGUCCAACUGCCAGUUGGCAGCUGCCACGCCGCCGGCCUCGGAGGAAGAGGCGGAGCGCUCCUCGGCAUCUCGCUCACCCUCACCCAUCCUCCACCUGUGUCCCGACUCCCCCUCCAGCAAGACAGACUCUAGUGAGAACUCGGAGAUCUGUCCUGACGACAAGCAGAGGAACAAAGCCAAGUCUGACGAGGACAACUGCCAGGUGUUUUACAUCCACAACCUGCCAAGCAGCGUGACCCAGAACAUGCUGAGGAAACGCUUCCAGGUUUUCGGCAAAGCAGAGGACUGCAAAGUCAUCAUCUGCAACGAGGAGCGUUGUGGGGUGAUAAAGAUUCGCCAGGCGGGGGUUCAAAGACACUGGAGAGAACGGGAGACCGUUUUCCAGAAUGGACCUGCGGGCCUGAGGAGGCUGACGAGGAAACGCUACAUAGACCUUGACGAGGCAGGUCCGGGUCCUGUCAAGAGCAAGUAUGAUGCACUGGACUUUGACACUCUGCUGAAGGAGGCCCAGAAGUCCCUGCACCGCUGACAGCACAGCACCUCUGACUGGCCAGCCUUAGUAAACUGCAGCAACACCCCUCCAACAACACUGCUCUACCCUCAGACAGGCCUCUCAGUACCUUCAUGCAAGGCAACCUCGCAAGAUGUUUACAUUUUUACCAUUGGAAUAAAGUAACGAUAAGGACCUUGUUUUUUAAGUUUCUUUCACCGGAGGAUACUGCUUAAAAACGAGGAAGCCACUGGGAGUCCGGAGGAGUUAAGAGACAAUGGAGGAAAUAGGACUUAACAGCAAUGGUACAACAACUACAAAUGAUAGUGAUACAGUUCUCUGCUGAACAACAAUAACAACAAAGCUGCUUCUUCCUGUCUGUGUUGGUGACAUCACCGCCCCGCCUUGGAAGAGCGGGCGUGAGAGACGUCUGUAGCAAAUCCUUGCUAUCCUUGCGUUGCGUUGGUCCUCGUGGUGUGUUUCUCUGCGUGUGCGUGUUCUUUGUUCUGUUUGUUUUGUAAAAAAAAAAAAGAAAGAAAAGAACUUCCCUCUUUCCGGUCACGGUCGGUGAACCUGCAAGCUGUGUUCACCAUGAAGUUGUGCGGUUGUAUAACCAGAAAAAAGGAAAAAAAAAACAACAAAAAAACAAAAACCCUGCUUUGUUUUAGCGAAAAAUUGUGGAUGUUAUAAAUUUUAAAAUCUAUUGUGUGUGUGUUAUGGACAAAGAAUAUAACGAAAAACAUUUAACGUUAAUCAUUUGAUGACUGAUAAAGUUUACAAAUCUAAAAUGAAGAAGAAAAAAAAUCAUUUUUUUCUUUUUUGUAAUUGUAGUGCUUCCUUGAUUUGAUCUAUGCACUGUAAGGAGGUAAAUGUCUCCGCUGUCCUCCACUUUCCCCCCUCUCUAAUCUAUAACUCUGCCAUGCUGACGAUUUUGGCUUCUGCUACUGGCUGCUGCAGGCUAUGUUUGGUAGGCGUGUUAUACAUAAAGACCCCGACUCGGAUCUGGGAAAAACAUCACCUCAAAAUCGUUUGUAACCCAUUCGAGCUGAAAGCAGUUAUUGGAAAAGCACUUAGCUGAACUUAUUAUUUAUUUGCAUAGUCAAACUUUCUAUUAAUUGACAGUGAUGGGUCUCAAAGAAGUUUCAAGUGAAUUGAAUAAAUUUACUGCCUGGGCUAAAGCAAAUCUUAGGGUUUGGGCUAAUGUUACCAAUAAGGGUUGGGUUAAAACAGGAGUUUGGUUACUAAGAAAUGGGAUUAAAUUAGGGUUGGAGUAACAUCAAUGGAGAGCUACCAGAAGUAACGCUUUGUUUUGAAAUAAGACAAAUUUCUUCAUGGUUAUACCAAAACUUACUAACUGGAACGACAAAAAAAAAAGUUUGCACUUCAUGGGUCAAUUCCAGGCAGAUCUUUUUUCCACAUCUAGUGGGGUCUUGAUGUAUCUCUGAUAGGGUCCCACUGAACAUGUGUCCCAUAAAGGCUGCAGCCUAAUGACACCCCUCGAAUGCCACACCCAAUGCAAUAGUUACUGUUUACAUUUGGACUGCAGCAAGCAGGACUGAAAUGGGGAAAAAAAGAUGGUGGCCAUUGGCGCUUUUACACCAUACUCGGUUCAUUAAUGAACUCACACAUCGACAGUUUGUCAAGACUAUCCCAGUCCGAUCUUCUUUCACAUAACAGUCAUAACGUAGCAAAGAACCCGGAAAUAUAUCACAAGUAUUUGAUUCAUCCAGAAAUCAGUUUUUUCUUGGCAUUGUUGCUUGAUGUUGGGUUUCAAAAAGGACAAUAAGAUCAAUCUGCUCCUCGUAAUCCACUCAUGCAACAUUGCCAUAGCUAGAAGUAGGCAAAUCUGUUGGUUCAAAUGGAAUGUAUUCAAGAAUCUGAAUGUAAUAAUAAUGUUUUCCCCAUUUCUGCUUGCCCAAAGAUUGUGGAGCUUUUUGGUGCUUUAAAAAAAGGUAGACUUGCUUAGUCAUCCGACUGACCGCGCGCGGCCGAUUCUGGCGUGAAGCGCAGUCCGGUUAGCGCCUGUUUUACAUUCCUGAUGCAGCCAGUAGCACGCAGCCGUGAAAAGGGAGAGAGCCUCCAAGCCUGCCAAUCCUGUGGCACCAAAUUGCCACCUACAACACAGCCAGGGAACGAGCAAGGGAUGGGCUUGAAAGAAAAAUAAGAGCAAAUCGGGCCGAGAAUCAAAUUUCUCGUCCGGGAGGUACUGUAUCAGCUGAGCAUCUCUACCUCACAUCUAUCAUCUCUGCUCUCCUUGUCUUUUUAUUUCCUCUUUCUACUGGAUGCUCUCCCCCCCCUCCUCUUUUAUAAGUCUCGCACUCUUUGUCUUGUUUUUUUGUCCAGCCCAUCCUCACAAGAGAAACGACAGUAUAGUGCUAAAAUUCACGCCGGCAAAGAACGACCUAUACAUAACAUUUAUGCCAUCUAGUGGCCGCAGUAAUUAUCACACGGUUUGGAUGACGUUUAGAUGCUUUUGCCUUAUUAGGAGGAGGCGGAUGGUGGAUGGCUAGAUAGUUGGAUGGCAAAAAGUGGACUUAGCUGUUCGCUUCCUGUUUCCAACCACGAGUCGGGACAUUUUCUUAAAAAAAAACAGUAACGUUGUGGUGGUUACUGCUGCCAUGACAAAAAAGAUAGUAGUAACUUUAACCAAUACAUGUUUCAAGUGAUCAUUUUAACCCAAACCAUGAUCUUUCCCUAACCCUAACCAAGUGGUUUUUGUGCCUAACCCUAACCGGACCUUAACCACAGUGUUGACACACCCUAAACGAUUAAUUUUCAAGGAUGAUUUGUAACGUACAGCAGCUAAAUGCCAUAAAUGUAACUAUAGAUCAGUUUUUACUCGGUGAAUUUUAGACCUAUGCUGUCGUUUAAUUAUGAGAAUGUGCUUUUUUUGUCAGAAAUGGUCUGUGUGAGAGUUUCCCCAGCUGAUGGUUGGUUAUGAGUACUUGGGGGGGGGUUGUGUUUGGGUUUUUUUUAUACAAUGACUCCUACCACAAAACCCCUUGCGAGGGGAAUAAUCCCUCUUCUCUCUCUUUCCUUCGCUUGCCUCAUAACGGUUUCAGCGUGUCCGUUUCUUGGAGUCUCGACAGUGUGUCCUUGUGUAUCUGCGUGUUUCGUCUUUGUCUCGUGUUUGAGUCGGACACUGCUUACGCUUUGCGCGUCGGUGAGGAUGGGUCGGGAGAGGUUGAACAUUGACUUGGUGGUUGGUUAGUCCUUGAAUGUGCUGAGAGGGGAAUAUUUCCAAUCUUCUCCCCCCUUGCCCUAGUUUUCUCUUAUUCAGGGGCGCACCAUACCUCCUGAUUUCACUGCUUCACCUUUCCUCGCCCGGGAAUUUCAAUAAAACGCAGCCCGACUAGCUCUAUCUUUAACUAUCGCUUUCUGUCUCUCUUUGGGUUCAAGGCCUUGUUUCCAGGUCGUCCCAAAAACCCCCGGUAAACUCCCCCUCUUUUUAACAGAUAAUCCCUCUUUCCCCAAACCUCUUUCUUGUCCUUUCCUCUAUCUAAUCAACUCCUCGGUAACACACACAAAAAAUUGAAUGUUUACAUCACUCGAUUCUCCUUUGACUUUAUUAGGAACGCACACUAAGUACAAAGGCGCCUUAUUCAGUGUUUAAAAAGAAAAAAAAAACAGGAAGUGGCCCGGAAGGACGAACGUUCUCCGGGUUUACUGAUGUCCAAAACUAACAAAAACAAUUUAGUGCUAUACAUACUGAUUGAGAAACAAAGGUGUCAAUGUUCAAAAAAAAAAAAGGAAAAAAAAAAAAUUGAAAUUGUAACAAAACUAAUCGCAAACAACUGAAUGAGUAUUUUGUGCUUAGUAUGUAUACUACUAAAAAGUGAGAGAAUGUGCUGGUUUACAUAUUAAAAAAAAGAAAAUAUAAUAUAUGAAUAUAUAAUGUGUACAUAGCACUAUGCCUCGUUGUAAACAUAAAAUGUAUUGUGUGUUUUUUUUUUUGUUUUUUUUUAAAAAGGUGGCGGGUCACAGUCGAUUGCUAAUCAGACAGGAGACGGUCAGGUCGGUUUUGUUUCCAAUGAGUUAAUGUUUGUUCAGUACAGGGAGGAAAUGAAGGGAAAAAUGACAUUGAAAUGACUUCACACAAAGUCCAACACUGUUGUAAAAGACAGAGAGAUAUCCCUUUAGACUAUCACACUAGAAGGUUCUAUUACUUUGCUGUUUAUGAAAUGAUUAAAUAUUUUUUGAUGACUUCUUUUUUUUUUUUUCUGUUUUCUUAAAAAGCAAUUUGAGAUGCAAUACAUAAUCUUUAAGACAGCCUUUUCCGAAAAACUGAGGUAAUAAUAUACAGUGUAUAUGGUUGGUUGUUGAACCAGAACACGGGCAAUCUUUGAGCUGCAGAUUCAAUAGGCUACUGUACUGUAUGUAGACUGCUGUUAAACACAAAAAAAAAAAAUCAUAAAAACAAACUACAGGAAGAAUGUGGUCAGUUGUGUCGUAAACACAUAACAUGUAUACAAAAUGCAUUGUACUAAUAUACUCUUGCACAAGUAACGUCCCAAGUAGUGAAAUACCUUCACAAUAUUUUCCUCUCAUUGAAAGGAAGCUGUUGUAACUAUGUUAUUACCACAUUUUGAUGGUGCACAGGUUUGGUAAAAAUCUGAGUCGCAUUGGACACUUACUUGUAUUACAGUAACCGCUAAUAACUAUACAUGUAUGACUCUGGUAAAGGAAUGUGGGAGGGA